AUCCACUCUAUAUUCUUUGAUAUUAGACCCCCUCCCUCAAAGAAUUAAUUGGGUAACUUAAUAUACUUAUUUGAAAAAUGGUGAAUGUUUUCAAUGUUCAAAUUUUUUUCAUUUGUCUUAGAGAAUCAUUAGAAGCCGUUGUUGUGGUUUCUGUUCUUUUGGCAUUUGUUAAACAAGGUUUAGGUGGUCCAAAUAAUGAUUCUUCCACUUAUAAAUCCCUUAAAAAACAAAUUUGGCUAGGGGCGAUUCUAGGAGUUAUUAUAUGUUUGAUUUUAGGUGGUGCUUUUAUUGGUACUUUUUACUCUCUUGGUAACGAUAUUUGGUCUGCUUCUGAAGAUUUAUGGGAAGGUAUUUUUUGUAUCAUUGCAACCAUUUUAAUUUCUCUUAUGGGGGUUGCAAUGUUGCGUAUUAAUAAGAUGCAAGCUAAAUGGAGAGUUAAAUUAGCUCAAGCUUUAGUUAAGGUUCCUGAACAUAAAAAGGAUCGUUUCAAAAUUGGUUAUCUUACCAAAAAAUACUGUAUGUUUAUCUUGCCCUUCAUUACUUGUUUAAGAGAAGGUUUAGAAGCGGUUGUUUUCGUUGGUGGGGUUGGCUUAAACUCUCCUGCUACUUCUUUCCCAAUUCCAGUUAUUUGUGGGAUCUUGGCCGGUUGUUUCAUUGGGUGGUUAUUAUACUACUUUGGUUCAACCAUGUCUUUACAAAUUUUCUUGAUUUUUUCAACUUGUAUCUUGUAUCUUAUUGCCGGUGGGUUAUUUUCAAGAGGUAUUUGGUAUUUCGAAACUUAUGUUUAUAAUCAAAAAACUGGUGGUGACGCUUCUGAAAAUGGUUCUGGUCCUGGUACUUAUGAUAUUACCAAAUCAGUCUGGCACGUCAAUUGUUGUAAUCCUGAAAUUGAUAAUGGUUGGGAUGUCUUUAAUGCUUUAUUGGGUUGGCAAAAUUCUGCUACUUAUGGUUCAGUUAUCUCUUACAACAUCUACUGGUUGGCUGUUAUCCUUACCUUGGCUUUAAUGUUAUAUGAAGAAAAAGUUGGUCACUUACCUUUCUGUAAGAAUUUAACUUUGGCUCAAUUAAAUCCAAUGUACCAUAUCAAGGGUAAAAAGAAGAAUGAAUUAUCUCAAAAGGAACAAGAUGAAUUAUUUGAAAGGGUUAGAAAUACUAACUUUGGUCAAGUUCCUGAUGAAGAAGAUUCUGUUGAAAAAGAAGCUGUUGAAAAAGUUGUCAGUGAUUCUGCUAACGUUACCAGUACUGAUAAAACUCAUGUUUAAGCUUAUUAGUUCCUUUGCUUGUUUGACGUUUAAAAAGUCGUAUCUUGGGUACUUUUACCCUUCUACACACACAUAUAUAUAUAAUAAGAUACUUCUUUUUGACAACUAACAGCAUUGAAUUGAUGCUUUCAAAUUAAUUUUUAUUCUUUUUGAGGGGGAUGUACUUCAUUCUUACAAUCUUGGGGGUCUUAAUCUUUUACUUUUUAUUUCUUAUUCGUUAUAGAGCCGGGUCGUUCAUUUAUUUUUAUAUUUUCUUUCGUGUCUUAAUAUUUAUAUGGGUCUUAUCUUUUUAUCUUAUAAUUAACGGG